UACUGUUGAAUUAUCGUUCAGUAGUGUUUCGGACAGACUCGCGAUAAUGAAGUUGUUUCUUGCUGUGAUGGCCUGCCUGGCCCUAACCCAGGCGGCUCAGCUCCCACGCCCCGUGACGGUCCGUGACGCUCAGGAACUCGCCGCCAAGAGCCAUGUCCGCAUUGUCAACGGUUUCCCUGCGGCGCAGGGUCAAUUCCCAUACCAGGUAUUCCUAAGAGGAUUCGUUACUGGUGGUGCCAUUGCUUGCGGUGGUUCUUUGAUCUCCAACGAAUGGGUCCUGACAGCUGCUCACUGCAUUUCCGGUGUUUCAUCGUUUGAAAUUGUUAUGGGAACUAUUGUUUCUGCUUCACCUGAAGUGCUGGGAACUUCCAAUACCUUCAUGAUGCAUCCAGCGUACAAUCCUAAUAAUCUGAACAACGACAUUGGUCUGAUCCGUCUCAAUACACCUGUAGCCUUCUCACAGAACAUUCAAGCGGUCAAUCUACCGAGUGCCGACCGUACUGGCGAAACUUUCUUGAAUGUCAUUGCCACCGUGUCUGGAUUCGGACGUACCAGCGAUACCGGCGCCGUUUCACCGACUAAAAACUGGGUAAACAUUCGCGUCAUCUCGAACGCCGCAUGUGCUGCCGUUUACGGAUCCGCUGUUAUCGUUGAUUCGACUGUCUGCGGAACCGGGGCUGAUGCCGCAAAUCAGAGCACUUGCCAGGGAGAUUCUGGUGGCCCACUCACCAUCCAGGAGGGAGGUGCCAGUCUCCAGAUUGGUGUCGUUUCGUUUGUUUCGUCGGCCGGCUGCACUGCCGGACAUCCGUCGGGUUACGUGCGAACCACCCACUUCCGCUCUUGGAUCACCGCGCAGACCGGAAUUUAAAAUUUGAAAUUACUUUCUGGCAGAGCGAUUUGUAACUAUUGUGACAAAGAAUUAAAGCGUUUACAUUGUUCCUCACAAA